UGCAGUGCUGACUCGUGACUCAGACUACUCGUGACUUAGUUGUGACUGAUGCGCGUGCAGGGCCUGGCUGCAAGGCGCGCGAAGGACACGGUGAUUCAGUUCGGAUUGGCGUCAGCGCGGGGGAAUCUUGAAUGGGAUGAUGGGAUGGACUUGGCAGUCAAAAGUGUGUGACUCGCUCGGAGGAGUCAUCAUUCACUCGCACUUCACUCCGGAUCCCCUUCCACUCGCACAACCUUCAUCAUCUUACACACUUACAACACCACCAACUGGAUCGUUGCAUUCGUGAUUGCCAAGAUGAUGUCGAUUGCACGCACCACCGCCAUGCGCGGAGCAAUCCGAAGCGUUUGCGCAACGCCUUCCGCCGCCCUGCCCCGCACGGCGGCCAUCAGCAUCAGCAGCAGCAGCCUGCCCACCGCUUCUCGCUUGUCCAGCACUUGGGCCAACGUCAAGGCUGGUCCACCUGACCCCAUUCUAGGCGUGACGGAAGCUUUCAAAGCUGACCAAUCCUCCAAAAAGAUCAAUCUUGGUGUAGGCGCAUACAGGGACGAGAAUGGCAAACCUUACGUAUUGCCUUCGGUUCGCAAAGCAGAAGAAAAAGUCUUGGCCUCUCUCAGCGACAAGGAAUACCUACCCAUCACGGGUUUGGCCACUUUCACCGCCAAUGCUGCCAAGUUGGCGUACGGAAAGGAUAGCAAGCCGCUCAAGGAAGGCAGAAUCGCCAUUACGCAGAGCAUCAGCGGCACUGGUGCUUUGAGAAUCGGAGGAGAAUUCUUGGCUAGACAUUAUCCGCACUCUAAAUCCAUCUACUUGCCUACACCUAGUUGGGGAAAUCACACUCCGAUCUUCAAGGAUUCGGGAUUGGAAGUCAAGCAGUACAGGUACUACGACAAGCAGACUGUGGGACUCGACCUAAAGGGUCUGCUCGAGGAUAUCAAGGCCGCCCCAGCCAAAUCCAUCAUUCUGCUGCACGCUUGUGCCCACAACCCAACAGGCGUGGACCCAACGCAAUCAGACUGGCAACAGAUCUCCGACGUCAUCAAGGAAAAGGAGCACUUUCCCUUCUUUGACAUGGCUUACCAAGGCUUUGCAAGCGGCGACAUCGAUAGGGACGCCUUUGCUGUCCGGUACUUUGUGGAGCAGGGUCAUCAGAUCGCUCUUAGUCAGAGCUUUGCCAAGAAUAUGGGUCUGUACGGAGAACGAGUGGGCGCUUUCUCCUUGGUCACUGCAGACGCAGACGAGAAGGCACGAGUGGACAGCCAAAUCAAGAUCGUAGUCAGACCCCUCUACUCCAACCCACCUGUGCACGGUGCGCGAAUUGCUGGCACGAUUCUCGCGGACGAUGGCCUUUACGGGGACUGGCUCAAGGAGGUCAAGGGUAUGGCUGAUAGGAUCAACGGUAUGAGGUCCGAACUCAAGGGUCUGCUGGUCAAUGAGCACGGAUCCAAGAAGAAUUGGGACCACAUCACCAACCAAAUCGGCAUGUUUGCCUUCCUCGGCAUCUCGCCUGAACAAGUCGCAAAGCUCAUCAGCGAGCAUCACGUCUACCUGACCAAGGAUGGGCGUAUCAGCGUUGCAGGCAUCACUCCCCACAAUGUUGGUCACCUUGCGGCUUCUUUGCACGCCGUCACUGCCUAGAACACUGCUCGGUUCACCGUCUUCUACCCAGCCAUCAUUUUUCAAAAAGAAGACGUGUCGCUCACGUAGAUCAAUCAAACUCUUUUUCCCUCCACAA